GCAGUCAAGAUUCUUGACGAUGGUGUAUCAUGUGAUAUUAUCAAAAUUGGAAAUAUGAUUCGAAGCAAAGAACGUUUUGUCAAACGUAGACAAAGAUUGAUUGGACCAAAUGGUUCAACGCUAAAGGCGAUAGAACUAUUGACUCAGUGCUACAUAAUGGUACAAGGAAAUACUGUAUCUGCCAUGGGUUCAUAUAAAAGCUUGAAAGAAGUAAGAAGAAUAGUAAUUGAUUGUUUAAAGAACGUUCAUCCUAUAUAUCACAUUAAAGAAUUAAUGAUUAAAAGAGAACUCGCCAAAGAUCCAAAGCUAAAAAAUGAAUCAUGGGAUAGAUUCUUGCCUCAUUUCAAAAAACAAAACGUUAAAAGACCUAAAAAACAAAUCAAGAAGAAAGAAUAUACACCAUUUCCUCCUCCACAAACUCCGAGAAAG